GAAGCAGCAGCUCAGGUGGAGGUAUUCUCUCUAUUUAUCUCUGGCUGACUGACGGUGAUGGAGGGCGGCAGGUGCGCGCAGGUUAGCUCGGUUCCCGGUUCUCCGUCCACCGGUCGAAAGCACCGGGCGGCUCUGAUUCUGGCCCGCGGCGGCAGUAAAGGGAUCCCGCUUAAAAACAUUAAGAAUCUGGCCGGAGUUCCGCUAAUCGGAUGGGUCCUGAGAGCCGCGCUGGAUUCAGAUGUUGACAGUGUAUGGGUGUCCACAGAUCAUGAUGAAAUUGAGCGGGUCGCCAAACUGUGGGGCGCAAACGUUCACCGUCGCAGUCCUGAAGUUUCCAAAGACUCUUCCAGCUCCCUGGAGACCAUCCAGGAGUUCAUCCGACUGCGACCCGAGGUGGACGUGAUCUGUCAUAUUCAGGCCACCUCUCCAUGUCUUCACCCUCAUCACAUCAAUGAAGCGCUGCAGAAAAUCACUCAUCAGGGCUUCAGCUACGUACUUUCAGUGGUGCGCAGACAUCAGUUCAGAUGGGAAGAGCUGCAAGAAAACGAGGACAGAAACCCGACGGCGUUCAACAUCAACGUGGCACAGAGACCUCGGCGUCAGGACUGGCCUGGAGAGCUCUAUGAAAACGGCUCUUUCUAUUUCAGCACCAGAAAGGCUUGGGAAAGUGGACUGACCGAGCUUGGCAGGAUCGCCUACUAUGAAAUGCCGCCUGAGUUCAGUGUUGAUAUCGACGUGGACAUCGACUGGCCGGUGGCCGAGCAGAGAGUCCUCAGGUUUGGUUAUUUUGGCCGAGAGGAGAACGCUGCAAUCCAGCUGUUUCUGUGUAAAGUGUCCGGCUGUUUGACCAAUGGUCAGAUCUACAUGUCGGUUUCAGGAGAAGAUCUGGUGACCAUCAACGCUCGAGAUGUGGCAGGCAUUCAGAUGCUUCAGAAAGAAAAUAUUGAGGUGAUCCUCAUCUCCAGUGCGAACGAGUCUCUGUCCAGAGGAGUCUUAGAGAAGGUUUCUCAGAGAGCCGGCUGUGGCCUGAGCUUCACUGAGCAGAGGAACGCUCUGGAUUUGCAGAAGCUGAUGGACAAGAGGAAACUGUGCUGGGCCCAAGUGGCCUUCAUGGGCUCAGAGUCAGAAGAUGUGGAGAUCAUGUCUCAGGCCGGACUGAACGGCGUCCCGUCUGACGCCCCGGUGGCUGAACUGAUCGCAGCGAAAUAUACGUGUCAGAGAGCCGGUGGACAGGGAGCCGUUCGAGAAUUUGCUGAAUAUAUACUGAGCAUGAAGAGAAAGAGCUCACGAGAAGAAAACCAUGAGCGCAUCGACAGGCACAACUUCUAGUUUCAUAAAACUGCCUUUGUUUGAUCUCUUUAUAUACAGUUGAUGUCAAAUUUUUCUUUCUUUUUUAAAUAUUUCCCAAAUGAUGUUUAACAGAGCAAGGAAUUUUUCACAGUAUUUCCUAUAAUAUUUUUUCUUCUAGAAAAGGUCUUAUUUGUUUUUUUUCGGCUAUAAUAAAAGCAGUUUUUAAAUUUUUUAAAGCCAUUUUAAGGUCAAUAUUAUUAGCCCCUUUAAGCUAUAUUUGUUUUUGAUUGUCUAUAGAACAAACCAUCGUUAUACAAUGACUUGCUUAAUUACUCUAACCUAGUUAAGCCUUUAAAUGUCACUUUAAGCUGAAAAGAGUAUCUUGAAAAAUAUCCAGUAAGAUAAUAUGUACUGUCAUCAUGGCAAAGAUAAAAUAAAUCAGUUAUUAAUGGGUUAUUAAGACUAUUAUGUUUAGAAAUGUGCUGAAAAAACCUUCUCUCUGUUGAACAGAAAUUGGGGGGAAAUAUACAGAGGGGCUGAUAAUUCUGACUUCAACUGUAUCUAACCUUUCCUUCCAGAUGCAAUAUUGAUUCACUUAUUGACUUAAAGGCGUCCACUGAAGAUGAACUGGGUAAAAAAUUAACUAAUAAUUCUCUCCUGUUUAGCAGAUUAUGUUACACUGUACAAAAACCUUGCUGGCUUCAAAUUUUGGUAACACUUUAGGUCACAAUUCAUGACAUCAACUACUGGCUUAUUACCUGCCUAUUGUUAAGAUAUUAACUGUUCGUUACUAGUUAUAAACUACUGUAUAAUUUACUCUGCAACCCCAAUCCUACCCACAACCUAAACCCAACAUCUACCUUACUAACUAAGCUAGUAUUGUUAGUUAAGUUUGUUAAUACCAUGAAUCGUGACCUAAAGUGUUACUCAAUUUUUUAGUUGAAUCAAAUCAACUUUUCUAGUCAUCUCAACUUACAUCAGUCAUACUGACGGAGUAUAAAUAACUUAAAACAUCAGGGUAUAUGCUGAGCUAGUGUGUUUGCCAUACUGAUAAACUUCCAGUGACCGGUUAUUCUGAGUUUUUUUUUCGAUUUUAUACGGUUCCUUUUACAGCAAUGAUGUUAUAUUGUAAUUCAAAUACAAUCAGUUAAAUAAACUUUGGCAUUCAUUUAGUUGCUCAAGCGUAAAACGAGACAAAAAGCCGUUUACUCACACGCGCCCGUCAGAAUCGGCAGGCUAGCGCAGAAGCUCCAUUGAAUAUACUGGGGUAAAAUAAAUGCUCAUAUUAUAAAGACAUGGCGGGGAAAAAUGUUAUUUAAUGCAGUGCUUCUUGUACAAUCUGAGACCCACUUUAUAUCAGAUAUCACUCAGCCAGUGGAGAUCGCUCAUUUUUAAAGAAAACAGACCUUAAACGCGCCGAUUUUGCAUUAGCAUACAAUUCACCGGAAACGAUUAACCCAGGUUACUGGCAAAUUAAAAGUCCUAUUAGCAUGCUUCGGCAUAUACCCCAUUAGUUGAAACCUGAUUAACUUAUUAAAACCAGUUAAAGCAACAUAAAAAUAUUAAAAUUAUUUUAUUUAAUUUUUUUAGCAGUACACUAAAAAAUCCUGGUUGCCUUAAGAUUUUAAGCUGAAUCAAAUUAACCUUAUGAGUCCAUUAAACUUAUAUUAUGUUAAACUGACCUAAAACAGCUUGCAUAACUUCUAAAAUUAAGUUAGAACAUGAUUGAGUUAGUUCAAUAAGUUACAAUGAACUAAAAACAUAUGCUGUCAGGACUAAUCAUCAUGUAAUUUCCUGUAAGAUCAUGUCAUUUUUUACAGUGUAGGAAUAUUAUAUUAGAAAUUGCACUGUUGAGUUUAGACAUGCAAAUGAGACAUUUUUUAAUUAAAUAUGCACUGAUUUCCAGCACAAAAAUCUAAUUAAAGGCCGGUAUAUCUAAA